AUGAAGGCUUUGAAGGAAGAGCGAUGCGAGCGGGAGCCUCCUGUUGACGAUGACGACUUUGGUGGACUCGCUUGCCCUCCGCUGGACGACCUUGAAGCUGUCUUCAUCCUUGAAACCCUGACUUGCGAUCCCUCCGACUUAUUCGACGACAUCAAACUUGACGAUGACGACUUUGGUGGACUCCCUUGCCCUCCGCUGGACGACCUUGAAGCUGUCUUCAUCCUUGAAACCAUGACUUGCAAUCCCUCCAAGUUGUUCGACGACAUCAAACUUGACGAGCGCGACUUGGCAAUUCUGGAGAAGCCCAAGAAACCAUCUCACGGAAAAGGCAAGGAUUUGGAGACCCUCCACUUCAUGCUAAGCGCACCGCCUCCAUCUUGUUGUCAACAAAACCCUAAGGGGCCCGAGCAAUCUGACCCUCAUCAUCAUCCGCAAGAUUGGGAUGAUGAAGAGAAGUUGGAGACUAACCAAGGCUAUCAAGAGUUUCAAAACAAGGGAAAGAAAAUUGGAGUUAUUGAUAAGCGGGGCAAGUUUCUGACCAGCUCGAGGAAGUGCCGAGCGUUCUGA